AUGUCAUCGAUAAAACAAUCGCCAGGCUCAUACGGACGGAGUCCACUUCUCUCCGCGAAAAGCAGGCGAGGGCGCCGGCGCGGUCCAAUGUCGUCCUACGGAGCGAUCGGCGCGGAAAACGAUGAAGUCGAUGCGUUCUUAUCAGACGACCGUCCCGGGAUAAGAAGGGUCGCCUCAUCUUCACGCAUCCGGACAACAAGCGAAUCUUCAAGAGCGAGAUCCGACAGUCGUACCGAUAGACGCCCAUACCUUUACACUGGAGGCUUGGGCUUGUCGCGAGAUGGUAGUACCCAGUCGCUAACCACCGAUGAAGAACAUCGAGACCAUGCUAUGGCAAUUAGAUACCGCCUGUUCAAUCGAUUGGACCCCGGUGGCGAAACUCUUCGUAUGCCUGAUCACGUGGUUCCUCCGGACCUAUUUUCCGUACUCCCCUUUGAUGAUUUCAAAGAUGCGUCCGGAAAGCAGAGCAGCUUUGUUACGAUAUUUUCUAUUUGGAAUACGAUGAUGGGCACCUCCUUGCUCGCCAUGCCAUGGGCUAUGCAGCAAGCCGGCUUUGGCCUGGGUAUCUUCUUAAUUAUUGCCGUUGCUGGGAUUUCGCUCUACACCGCCUAUCGGGUCGUUCAGAGUCCACAAAAUUUGCCAUUGGGUGUCGAUCCGUCGUUAGCGGAAUUCAGCGAUGUCUGUAAAUAUUUGUUCGGCAAACCCGGUGAAAUUGUUGCAGUGCUCUUUUCCAUUGCGGUGCUGCUUGGUGGUGUGAUGGUUUAUUGGGUGUUGAUGAGCAACUUCCUCUUCUACACUGGAAACGUUGUUUACGAAGCGCUGCAACCGAACAGUUCAACUAUUCCGAUCAUGGAGAAUAAGACCUGGACUUGCGAUGUGUACUGCCCGGAACAGUUCAACCAAGCCCUGUGGCCCGAGAAAUUCAAUGAGUUCUUUGCCGAGGACAGCCCUGGCCCCUGGUCGUUUGAUAAGCUAUGGCAACUUCAGGGAACGGUCCCGAUCUAUCUGGCCGUGUUCACCUUCCCAUUGAUGAAUUUCAAGUCGCCGACAUUUUUCACGAAAUUCAACGUUUUGGGUACCAUUUCUGUGCUAUAUCUGAUCGUAUUCACCACGUCCAAACUGGUCGAGUGCGGAUUUAACAUUAGCUUUGAUCCGGCCAGCAAGAACUAUGCGCAGAUCGCCAACUGGAGAUUUCCGGCUCUCACAGGCACGCUGACAUUGUCAUACUUCAUCCACAAUGCUGUUCUUACGAUCCUAAGAAGCCAGAAAAAGCCCGAAAAUAACGCGCGGGACCUGUCCAUCGGCUUUUUCCUGGCUUGCUUCUGCUAUGUUUCAAUCGGAUUCAUGUUCUAUGCAGCAUUCCCCGUUCAACGGAGCUGUAUUUCCGAUAAUUUUCUGAACAAUUUUGGGAGUGGUGAUGUAUUGAGCUCGACAGCCCGACUUUUUCUGCUGUUUCAGAUGAUAACUGUGCUCCCACUUCUAAUGUUCUUGGUCCGCUCACAAAUUUCUUAUUAUGUUUAUGGCAAAACGUGGCCUAGCUUCACUGUGGUGCUUGUCUUGAACGUUACGAUCAUCACGAUUGCUGUUUUGGUUGCGAUGUUCUAUCCUCACGUCGGAAGCUUAUUGAGAUACGUCGGUGCCGUUUCUGGAUUGGUGUAUGUAUUUGCCCUGCCAUGCUUGGUGUAUUUACGACGUUGCAAACUCCUGACCGGCCAAGUUUCGAAGACGCAAACCUACGUCCACUACGGCAUUAUCGCUCUCGGUGCCGCCAAUUUAGUGGCUCAGUUUGUCAUC